UUGCGGCUCUCUUCGAAAGCCGACAUCCUCCGCCUAGAUGAGGUGACUCGCAGGCCAGACAACGAAAAACGCAGGAAAAUCAUCAGCAAAAUCCGUCUCGACACGGAGCUGCCGAGGUACGGACUCGACCGCUGCUGCGUCGAGGAGAGCCAAGCCAUGAUCGACGAGAACAACCGGGCAUUCAACGGUCACAUUUCCUCUCUCUUCAGAGUUCUGUCCGCGUGGGAGAGCACGGGUCUCACACUCGAGCUCAGAGCCUUUUCGAUCAAUGAUGAGAGACACAUAUUGAAAAGGAACCCAAGUGUGCGCACCGAUCGUUACUUGACAUGUCCGUCAUCCGACAUGUCACCAAGACCCCUGCAACUCACCCUGGGGAGCCUUCUCGACGUCGAAGAUGAUCUCCCAGAAGUCUCGGCUGUAACCCAAUUCAUCGUCAGCCGAGAGAAUCUCAGAGGUCUGGGCCCAGCAACACUUGCCCAACUCGUCAAAAGGCUCCCUCGCCUCCAGGACAUCGUAUAUGAGUCCUGGCGAGAUAUCGACGAGGAGGGUCAAAAGAAGCGCGACGCGGCGAUUGAAGCUUUGCUUGGCGGGCUUCAGUCCCAUUUAUUCAUCAAAAAUGUUUCGAUUUGGGAAGCCCAUCAGCUUGAUCCUCGGCAGUUGGAUAGACCAGGAAACCCCGCCCUAGCGUUAGCAGCAGCGAAGUUGUCUCAGCGACUGAAGAGUUUCUCUGCAUCUUUCGUCUUCGACGCGCUGGACUUCUUCUCGUACUGCGAGCGAAUUCCUCUCAGCUCUUGGCCGAAGUUGGAGUCGAUCGCCUUGACGUCUGGGGUGGUUGGAAACUCGAGAGCCCUCGUCGCGGACCGGCUCAUCAUACAAGCCGGGCAGGUGGCCCUGCGUAUGCCCAAGCUGCGACUCAUGGAACUGUGGCACAGCGACCAGAGUGGGUAUCAAUGGUUCCUGUUUCGGUAUGAGAUUGUGAAAAAAAGACCAAAGGUGAUGAUUCAGGUAGCAAUGCGGGAGUUGAAGCUGAGCCAGAGGGCUCGCGAGGUCUGGUCCCGGGUGGCGGCAUCUGUCCCCGGGCCCGGCCUUGAAGUAGAAGACACGACCCCGAACGGCUUGAAAAUCUUUCCGGUGAAGAUCAGACUGCGGUCUAACGUCCGACAAGAUAUCACGACAAGGGUUCCCCUUCCCUAG